AUGGAAGAAUUUAGUUCCAUAUGCUAUGCCUCUUCAUCGAAUUUGCGAUCAAAUUCUCCUAUAAUGGUAAAUGAUAACGAUACCCGAGCAACUAAUCUAAUUAUCAAUUAUUUACCACAGAAUAUGACUCAAGAAGAAGUCCGCGUGCUCUUUUCUACUCUCGGUGAAAUUGGUUCUUGCAAACUCGUCCGCGAUAAAGUUUCUGGUCAGAGUCUUGGUUACGGUUUUGUUAAUUAUGUCCGUCAGGAGGAUGCCUACAAGGCUGUCACUUCAUUAAAUGGCCUCAGGUUGCAAAACAAAACCAUAAAGGUAUCGUUUGCAAGACCAAGCAGCGAAUCAAUCAAAGGGGCAAAUUUAUAUGUAAGUGGCUUGGCAAAGACGAUGAGUCAGGUGGAUUUAGAAGAACUUUUCAAACCAUUUGGACAAAUUAUCACAUCGCGCAUUCUCUCUGACAAUGUAACUGGAAUAUCAAAAGGUGUUGGUUUCGUUCGAUUUGAUCGUAAAAGCGAGGCAGAAAAAGCUAUAGAAAAAUUGAAUGGAAAAAUUCCAGUUGGUUGUACCGAGCCUAUCACUGUCAAAUUUGCUAAUAGCCCUGCAGCAAAUGCACAAAAAGCUCAACUUCAGAUCGCCCAAGCAGCAUCAGCCUUAAUGCCUCUUGCUUUUUUGAGUUCAAUUUCGUCUACGUCUGCACGUCGAAUUGGUGCUGGUCCAAUACAUCAUACAUCUCAAGCAGGGCGUUUUCGUUAUACUCCACUGGCUGGUGCACCAGGAACGGGAACUGGCACUGCAGCUACUACUUCUAGUCCUGAGCUUAUUACUACACAGUUGUUGCAAAUGGCCGCAGCCACUAGUUUGAAUUCAAUUUUAGAUGCCAGUACAUCACCUGUGCAACUUGCUGCACUUGCCAACUCAACUCCGUCAGGAAGUGUUGUUGGUGCUGGAUGGUGUAUUUUUGUGUACAAUCUACCACCUGAGACUGAAGAUUCUGUGCUUUGGCAACUUUUUGGGCCUUUUGGUGCAGUCUUAAGUGUUAAGAUCAUCAAAGACUUCUCAACUGGCAAAUGUAAAGGCUAUGGUUUUGUAACGAUGGGGCAGUAUGAAGAUGCGGUCACAGCAAUCACUUCACUUAACGGAACGCAGUUGGGUAAUCGAACUCUUCAGGUUUCUUUCAAAUCUCAGUCGAUGUCGCCAGCAGCACGUAAGCACUGA